AUGCUCGCGGAGAUCCCACGACUGAAUGAGCUGGUGGGCGGCACGACGCGUUUGCAGGUAUUCGUAGAUUGUCAAUUGGGCAACAGUGGUGCAGCAUUGGUAUCGCGAGGCAUCGUGAUGAAUGUAACGGACCGUCAUGCUCAUUACUUUCAUCCCGAGCAGCUCACAAGUCGCGCCGUCGGAUAG